AUGGGUUUGAAGAGAUUGUGGGUGUUGGUGUUGGAGCCAGACGAGCCUCAGGUUGUGGCAGUGUGGGUGUUGGUGUUGGAGCCAGACGAGCCUCAGGUUGUGGCAGUGUGGGUGUUGGUGUUGGAGCCAGACGAGCCUCAGGUUGUGGCAGUGUGGGUGUUGGUGUUGGAGCCAGACGAGCCUCAGGUGGUGGCAGUGUGGGUGUUGGUGCUGGAGCCAGACGAGCCUCAGGUUGUGGCAGUGUGGGUGUUGGUGCUGGAGCCAGACGAGCCUCAGGUUGUGGCAGUGUGGGUGUUGGUGCUGGAGCCAGACGAGCCUCAGGUUGUGGCAGUGUGGGUGUUGGUGCUGGAGCCAGACGAGCCUCAGGUUGUGGCAGUGUGGGUGUUGGUGCUGGAGCCAGACGAGCCUCAGGUUGUGGCAGUGUGGGUGUUGGUGCUGGAGCCAGACGAGCCUCAGGUUGUGGCAGUGUGGGUGUUGGUGCUGGAGCCAGACGAGCCUCAGGUUGUGGCAGUGAAUACUAAGAAAUCCACUAAGAAUUCAAAGAAACCCACUAAGAAUACCAAGAAACCCACUAGGAAUACUAAGAAAUCCACUAAGAAUUCAAAGAAACCCACUAAAAAUACCAAGAAACCCACUAAGAAUACCAAGAAACCCACUAAGAAUGCCAAGAAACCCACUAAGAAUACCAAGAAACCCACUAAGAAUACCAAGAAAUCCACUAAGAAUACCAAGAAACCCACUAAGAAUACCAAGAAACCCACUAAGAAUGCCAAGAAACCCACUAAGAAUACCAAGAAACCCACUAAGAAUGCCAAGAAACCCACUAAGAAUACCAAGAAACCCACUAAGAAUACCAAGAAACCCACUAAGAAUGCCUAG